AGUACAUAAGAAUUUUUUGUUUAUUGUAGGUUCAAAAUAAAAUGAGAUAUGAUAACACUUUGGUCCAUACAGUAAAAAGACAUUAUAAUGAAACAAAUGAUGGCGUUGAAGAUUUUAACGAUACCCAGCAAAAUACUCACAACAAUUUGACUGCUACUUGCACAGACACAGACUAUGUUAAUGUUUCAUUAAAAAGUUCAUUAAAAAAAAUAAAAAAAAAGAAUAAAAAAUCUAAGAUGGCAGCUAAAGAUCGUGGGUUGUCAAAAGUAACAGCUGAAUACAAACAUAAAAAUACUAAAAAAAUAGAGUUCUUAAAAAACAAUAUAACUGAAGAUUAUUCAAAAGAGAUGUACAAUGAUACUGCCAUGACUGACACUCCUAAUAAUUCAAGAAAUUCAAAAGUUGUUGAGGAAUAUCCAUUAUUGUGAGUAUGAAAAUUGAAUUAAUAUGAAAAAAAUAUGAUUGCAAAUAUAAACAAAAAAUUAAUUCUUUUUCAACUAUCUCAUUUCAAA